UUACCAAUCGAGUAAUCCGAAGCAACCAUACGGAGAUAAACAUCGACCCCGGGGCACUAGCCUGCAGCCCCCACCAUUAUAGUGGCCAGUCCGAUACGACCAUGUAUCUAUCGCGGGGCCCUUUCGUUCUCGUAUCUGCCACAGCUUCUUCCUGUUCCUUCUUCAACACCGCAUCUUGUGUUGUUUCGGCUGUUUGCCAAAAGAAACGUACUGGCAGUCUAACAUGUCGCUUAAGUCCGACCUCAUAAUCGACGCGUCGAAGUUCGACCGCGAAACAAUUGACAAACAAACCCUAGAGUUCAACCAGAAACUAAUCAAGAUAUGGGCGGACGGUCCUAGGUGGUAUGAGGUCGGAGCUGCCGAGUACCGUAAGCUUCGUUGGGAAGGCAAGACACCAUUGACGAAACCUGUUGUUUUACCUGAAGGCAUCAAUGGUACCUUACCCUCGCGAGAGCUCGGGAGGGACAUACCGUACAGAGUGUUCAAGCCUGCGAGUGGUGUCAGUAAGGGCAUACAUAUGCACAUCCAUGGCGGCGGAUGGGUAUUAAUGUCGGAAGCUUAUCAAGACCCAUACCUGAAAUACAUGGCCGACCACUUCGAACUCACAGUUGUCUCAAUCGGAUACCGCCUCGCGCCCGAAGACCCCUGGCCCGCUGGAGGAGAAGAUUGCUACGAUGCAGCAGAAUGGCUGGUAAAGAACGGCAAGGAAGUCUUCGGCGGGGAGCUGAUGUUUACUGGGGGCGAAUCUGCAGGCGGCCACCUCGCCUGUCUUGUUGCUCUUCACCUCCUGAAGACUACGCCUACGUUUGCGUUCAGAGGCCUUCUCUUACACUUUGGCUGCUUUGAUCUCUCCCUCUUCCUGCCACACGUUCUCCACCACGAAUCGCACCUCGUUAUCGACCACGACGUCAUGACAUCUUACAUCGACGCCCUACUGCCCAACACCUCAGUCGAACAACGUCGAGAUCCAUCUAUCAGUCCAUUUUAUGAGGAUUUGAGGGGCAAGAAGCUGCCGCCGGCGCUGUUUACGUGCGGGAGUGAGGAUCCGUUGCUAGAUGAUACGCUGUGUAUGGGUGCGAAGUGGGGAAUAUGGGGGAAUGAGAGCGUGGUGAAGAUUUACCAUGGCGCGCCGCAUGGGUUUAUUGGGUUUCCGCCGGGGACCAUCAAGGCGGUGCAAGAAGCAUUGGAUGAUACGGAGGUCUUUGUGAAGGAGAGGAUUGAUGCUUGAUGAGGACUAGAAGGAGGCGGAUCCUAUGCAUAGGGAUGUUGUACCGUGAAUACAAUCAGCUUCCUAUGCAUUGAGAGCGCAUACACAAUCUUAAGCGACGCGUGGAGCCCUACCAUAACCGUCGCGUGAAGCUCGAGCACGCGUGCGGUAUCAAGCUUGGGCCUCACUUAACGUCAUGCCACAAGGGUGUUAAGACUGUGCGGGGUAAGGCCGUUAGUACAGCAGCAUAUCACAGAUCACGCACAAAGAGGAUCGAUAUUUUCGUGAAGCAUUUUUGAUUCCGUUAUCGUGAUGUCCACAGUGCGAAUGUGUCAGUCAAAGGCAGACCCCCAGAAGAGGAAGCUAGCCGGUGUUAGAGUGACAAUCGUAGUGCUUUCAAGUGACUCUCAAACAUCUCAAUAUGGGCUUUAGAGCCAUUGACCAGCACCCCACAGCAUUCCUCAAU